CUCACGUGACAGGCGGCCCGCGUGACGGGACGCGCGGUGGAGGCGGGGACAAGAUGGCGGUGUGCAUCGCCGUGAUCGCCAAGGAGAACUAUCCCCUGUACAUCCGGAGCGUUCCAACUGAGAACGAGCUGAAGUUCCACUACACCGUGCACACUUCACUUGAUGUCGUGGAUGAAAAGAUCUCUGCAAUGGGCAAGGCCCUCGUAGAUCAGAGGGAACUGUACCUAGGGCUCCUCUACCCCACUGAGGACUACAAGGUAUACGGCUAUGUGACAAAUUCCAGGGUGAAGUUUGUUAUGGUGGUGGAUUCUUCAAACACAGCACUUCGAGACAACGAGAUCCGCAGUAUGUUCCGAAAGCUGCACAAUUCAUAUACAGAUAUAAUGUGUAACCCCUUUUAUAACCCCGGGGACCGUAUCCAUUCCAGGGCUUUUGAUAAUAUGGUGAACUCCAUGAUGAUGCAGGUGUGCUGAAGCACUGCCCCUUAUCCAUGUGUUGAGGACAUCUCCCAUGUGCAGCGGUGUGCAUAAAGUGAUGUAUAUAUUGUCUUUGUUCUGUGCAAUAUUUUAAAUUUAUUCUGUGUAAAUAAACUGGACACCUGCAAGGUC